AUGCCCGUGCUGCUGCCUUUCCUCCUCUUCCUGGCCGCCGCAGGGGCAGGGGCAGGGGCAGAGGAGGCAGCCUCCGCCUCCAGCCCGACGCUGGUGUUCCUCCUUGCGGGGCAGUCCAACAUGGGCGGCCGCGGCGGCGCCACCAGCGGCACCUGGGACGGCGUGGUGCCGCCCGACUGCGCGCCCUCCCCGCGCAUCCUCCGCCUCUCCCCGUCCCUUCGCUGGGAGGAGGCCCGGGAGCCGCUGCACGCCGGCAUCGACCUGCACAACGUGCUCGGGGUCGGCCCCGGGAUGCCCUUCGCGCACGCGCUCCUGCGGUCCUGGCGCUCAGGCCGCCGCCGCCCCGCCGUCGUGGGGCUCGUCCCCUGCGCGCAGGGCGCCACGCCCAUCGCCAACUGGUCCCGCGGCACGCCGCUGUACGACCGCAUGCUCGCGCGCGCCAGGGCCGCCCUCGCCAAUGGAUCCACCAGUCUCGGCGCGCUGCUCUGGUACCAGGGCGAGGCAGACACCAUCAGGCGCCAGGACGCCGACGUCUACACGUCCCGCAUGGAGGCCUUCGUCCGCGACGUCAGGCAAGACCUCGGCAUGCCGGACCUGCUCGUCAUCCAGGUCGGGCUCGCCACGGGGCAGGGCAAGUUCGUCGACAUCGUCAGGGAAGCACAGAAGAGGGUCAGCCUCCACAACGUCAAGUACGUGGACGCCAAGGGCCUGCCCGUCGCCAGCGACUACACGCAUCUUACCACGCCGGCGCAGGUGCGGCUCGGCAAGAUGCUCGCCGCCUCCUACCUGGCAGCCACGCUCUGA